AUGGUUUCAGAAUCGCAUGAAAUAGUAUUAAAAUUGCACGAGAUGGAGGAAAGACCAGCGAAGAGAGGGGUUCAGACAUCGGUUACCUUUCUUCUUGUCAUCCUUGUUGCAAUAGCCACAAUACUCAGAUGGAUCAAUGUAUCUUCAUUAGCAGGUUCAUUUCAGAAAAGAAUUCUACUCCUUGGAACAUCUCAGAAAUAUUCAUCAGAAUUUGAUUGUUCCCUCAAAUGUUCAGACAUUUCACCUUUGACAAACAUUAUUACAGACAACAAUGCUCCCUCAGAAUCAUGUCCAGAAUACUUUAAAUGGAUCCAUGAAGAUUUGAGACCAUGGAAAGUUACAGGAAUUACGAAAGAAAUGGUCGAGAAGGCGAUAGAAAAAGCAGAUUUUAACAUUGUUAUAGUGAAUGGGAGUGUGUAUAUAAAAAAGUUUAAAGAGGCGUUCCAAACUAGAGAUACUGUGACAAUAUGGGGGAUUUUGCAGCUUCUUAGGUUGUACCCAGGAAAGCUACCGGAUAUGGAUUUCAUGUUCGCGUGUGGUGACAAACCGGUGAUAGAGAAAUGCGAUUAUGGACAAUCGAAUGCUUCAUAUCCUCCCCCGCCUAUGUUUCACUAUUGUGGAGAUGACUCGAGUUUUGACAUCGUUUUUCCCGACUGGUCCUUCUGGGGUUGGCCAGAGCUUAAUAUCAAGCCCUGGGAAACCUUGAAAGAGGAUUUGCAAGAAGGCAACAGCAGAAUCAAAUGGAGUGAAAGAGAACCUUAUGCUUAUUGGAAAGGUAACGCCAAGGUAUCGCCGGGGAGACACGACUUGUUGAAAUGCAAUGGCUCCGAAUGGAAUACUCGAAUCGACAAAGUGGCACAGGAGAUUGGAAAAACAGGGAGCAAGUAUAUUCAAGAACAACUAAGAAUGAAAUAUAUUUAUGACUACAUGUUCCAUUUGCUGAAUGAAUAUUCUAAACUUCUGAAAUAUAAACCUGCUGUACCAAAAGGGGCUGUUGAAGUGUGCUCAGAGACAAUGGUUUGUUCUGUCGAAGGUUUAAAGAAGAAAUUGAGGAUAGAUUCAAUGGUGAAAGGUCCAGCAGAUUCAUCUCCAUGCACCUUGCCUUCUUCCCAUUAUCGUGCAGAACUUGAAGAUUUUCUUGAAAUGAAAGAUAAUCUAACUAAGCAAGUUAAAAUGCUGGAAGAAGGUGAAAGUCUUGGAAACGCAACCAUGAAAACACAAGGGAGUGCAUAA